AUGUGCGACCCUUGCUGCUCUCCCUGCGGACCGUGUCCUCCGGCUUGCGGCCCAUGUGGCCCGUGUGGGCCGUGUGGGCCCUGUGGCCCCUGCGAUCCAUGCUGUGCACCAUUUGAGUGCUCGCCAAAAUGUUAUACAGGCGCCCACUUGGACGCGCUGCCGCAGUGCGCGCCACGCGUCCCACCGCCCUGCCCGAAAUGUAUUACAGUACAGCAACCACCGCGGCUCAUCUGCCGCAAGCGUGUCGUUUUCAAUGAGAAAAUCGUACCGGAACCGAUGGUUGUGAAUCGUUGCAGACAGAUAACCAUACCCAAAGUUGUGGAUACAACACGUGUCAUCAAAGUACCUAAGCUGACUUGGGUCUCACAGAUGGUCCGUGAGCCAAGGGUCAUCUACUAUCCAUCAAUGGUGCCAGAUCCCUACGUGGUUUGCUAUCCGAAACGUAUUUGCGAGCCGCGUGAAGUGUGCCAAGCCAUAUUGUGCCAGCCGAAGCCGCAAACAAUUGAUAUACCGCCGCCACGGGAAUAUUGCUGCUAUCCAACUGGACCGAUUAACUAUAAACCGAGCGCAGCAUGCCCACCAUGCCCGAUGGGACCGUGUUCACCGUGCGGACCGUGCGGUCCAUUGCCAUGCUUUUCAACCAAUCAAUAUCCGAUAUGCGAACCCAACGGAUGUUUCCCGUGCAAGCCGUCGGGUCCUUGCGGCCCUUGUGGACCUUGUUCGCCGUGUCGCGGACCUUGCGGCCCUUGUGGCCCGUGCGGACCUUCGCCCUGUGGGCCGUGUAAUCCGUGCGGACCUUGCCGCCCCUGUUGUAUACCGAAUUGUGGACCAUGUGGUUUGACAAUGCCUUCGGGACCAUAUGUACCACCGCCAUGUAAUCCGUGCAGCAUUGGUGCUGGGCCCAGUGGACCGUGCGGUUCCUGCAGACCUUGUAUGCCGGGAUGCCCCUACGAAGCGCCUGAGUGUGGCACCUGCUAUCCAUGCGCGCCGACACCGUGGAAUACUCAGUGCGGUCCAUGCGGGCCGUGCGGUCCACAAGUGCCGUGCGCACCAUGUGGACCAUGUCCACCUUGCAAUCCUUGUGGCCCGUCGUGUUAA